UUGACGGCGCGAGAAGUCGCGGGCGCAGAGAGCGGAGAAUUGGGCAGCCGCAGAGAGCCAGAGCCGAAGAAUCCGAACUCAAGAAUCAGUACGAAAGAAAAGGGGGGCUUGAGAGUCAGUGGCGAGGAGUCACAAUCGAAGAGUCAGUAUCGCAGAAUCGAAAUUCGAAGAAUCGUCAACGCAGAGUCGCCAAGAAUCGCAGAAGAAUUGCGAAUAAGAAUCGCCGUGCCGUUGUGUUGCUUGUUGUUUUUUGUGUGUGCCCGACUGCAUGUGUGCCUCCUAGGUAAUGAGUGAGCUUGCCAGUGCCGCCGGCCGCAGGGACUAAGGACUUUCGGGCGCCGCCAGAGGAGCCCCGCCGCGUGGAGAAUGCUGGUGCCGUCGGACAUGAUUGCGGCCCAGUCCAAGAUGGUCUACCAGAUGAACAAGUACUGCGCGGACCGCGUGCAGGUGCGCAAGGCGCAGAUCCACAAGCAGAUCCAGGAGGUGUGCCGCAUCGUCCAGGACGUGCUCAAGGAGGUGGAGGUGCAGGAGCCGCGCUUCAUCUCCUCCCUCAACGACUACAACGGCCGCUUCGAGGGCCUGGAGGUGAUAUCGCCCACGGAGUUCGAGAUCAUCAUCUAUCUGAACCAAAUGGGUGUGCUCAACUUUGUGGACGACGGCACACUGCCCGGGUGCGCCGUGCUGAAGCUGAGCGACGGCCGGAAGCGGUCCAUGUCGCUGUGGGUGGAGUUCAUCACGGCCAGUGGCUACCUGUCGGCGCGGAAGAUCCGCUCGCGGUUCCAGACCCUGGUGGCCCAGGCGUGCGACAAGUGCGCCUACCGGGACAUUGUCAAGAUGAUCGCCGACACCACGGAGGUGAAGCUGCGCAUCCGGGAGCGCAUCAUAGUCCAGAUCACGCCCGCCUUCAAGUGCGCCGGCCUCUGGCCCCGGUCCGCCUCGCACUGGCCGCUGCCGGGCAUCCCCUGGCCGCACCCCAACAUCGUGGCCGAGGUCAAGACGGAGGGCUUCGACAUGCUCUCCAAGGAGUGCAUCGCCCUGCAGGGCAAGAACUCCGCCAUGGAGGGCGACGCCUGGGUGCUCAGCUUCACCGACGCCGAGAACCGGCUGCUGCAAGGAGCCAGUCGACGCCGCUGCCUGAGCAUCCUGAAGACCCUGCGCGACCGGCACCUGGACCUGCCCGGCAACCCGGUGACCUCGUACCACCUGAAGACCCUGCUGCUCUACGAGUGCGAGAAGCACCCGCGCGAGAUGGAGUGGGAGGAGAACUGCAUCGCGGACCGCAUCAACGGGAUCUUCCUGCAGCUGAUAUCCUGCCUGCAGUGCCGCCGCUGUCCGCACUACUUCCUGCCCAACAUGGAUCUGUUCAAGGGCAAGUCGCCGGGCGCCCUGGAGAACGCCGCCAAGCAGGUCUGGCGGCUCACCCGGAUCAUGUUGACCAACGUCCGCUGCCUGGAGGAGCUGUAGGGGGGCACCACUCGGACCCACUGGGAUUGUUGGUAGCUGCGGGGGGCAGAACCGCCACUGGGUCUUACUUUUUUGUAUCGCCCUUUUGUUUUUCACCGCAUUUUUUUUUGUAAGAUCUAAAGACAAAGGAUCGGAGAGACCACUGAGGUGAUUGUGGGGGAAGGGACUCGGAGAAAGGGGAGAGAGCAGUGAAAUUGUAACCCAAAUACUAUUUGAUAUUGCGCUAGAUCGUAACUUAAGUUUAGGUGCUUUCGAAAAGUAUACGCCGCUUACAGAGUUUCCUAUAAUUAGAGCAUACUUAGUGUUAUCCAUUUAGAUCGUCAUCGUCGCAGAACGCACAAAAGCUACCAUCUAGAUAAGUACGUUUUUUUUUAUUGGCCCAUUUGCUGACAGCAAAGCGCAGAGCAAAAUUAGCUAAAUUAGACGUAAGUCCAACGAAACUGAGACAGCCGGCCUGGCGGAAUAUUUCCCCGACGGUCCUAAAUUAUUUAUUCUAUGUUUUGCCUUCUUCUUGUGAGUUUAGUCAAUAAAACGUAAGUUUUUCAAUGAAAGAA